UCCCCCUAUCCAGCAUCGCCCGAACCGGGGCGCAGAAAUAGAGCCGGCGCUGCUGCUGCUGCUUCUACGAUUCUUCCCGGGGCCUCUCGUAUCUGCACGCGCGCGUCUUAGCUCUGUCCGCGCUCGGUGCUGGGGCCGCUGGCGCGCUCGUGCGGCAUCCGGGCGGCGGGCAAGCAGGCGCGCUUCGCGGAGCAGAUGUACGUGGCCGUGUACGUCGCGGCCGUGGGGCCGCUGGGCCUGUACUGCAUGCGCCAGACGCCGGUGUGGUACUUCGACACGCGCGCCAUGUACGAGGCCUUCCCGCACACGGCGCACCCGGCCGCGCUCAAGUUCUACUACCUGUUCCAGGCCGCCUUCUGGGCCCACCAGGCCCUCGUCAUGCUGCUCGGCAUCGAGAGCCGGCGCAGGGACUUCAGGGAGCUCGUCCUCCACCACGUCGUCACCAUCGCCCUCAUCGCCCUCAGCUACCGCUUCCAUUUCACCUACAUAGGCUUCGCCGUCUACAUCACCCACGACAUCAGCGACUUCUUCCUCGCCAUAUCCAAGUCUCUCAACUACGUCGGCAGCCGGCUCCAGGGCCCGUCCUUCGCCCUGUGCAUCGUCAUGUGGACGUACCUGCGGCACUACCUGAACCUGCGGAUCCUCUACUCGGUCCUCACCGAGUUCGGCACCGUCGGCCCCUACGAGUUCGACUGGGAGAAGGAGCAGUUCAAGUCUCCGCUCUCCCAAGCCGUCACCUUCUCGCUGCUCGCCGCGCUCCAGGCCCUCAACUUGUUCUGGCUGUACUGCCUGCUGCGCAGCGCGUACCGCUUCAUCGUCCUCGGCGUCGCCAAGGACGACCGGUCCGAAGACGAGGCCGAGGUUGGGGAUGCCCCUCCCCUAGACCCCGCGGUCGAGAACAAGGGACGAUCGCCUUAGACCCUCGGUAAGACGCAUAUUGCACCCCGGAUCCGCCGGUGGCUGUAUAUAAAACAAACCGCACAUAUUUUCACGGCUACUCGCGCACACGAUGGCGAGAGCAUGGAGCCUAGUCGGUAUGGCUAAAGUCUCCUCCCUUCGAGACCUCGACACGCUUUCGAGCAGUCGAUCAUUCGGGAAAGACGGCCCUUGUCGAGGGAGCCAGCGCAAGCUAAGUAAGGGGUGAUUUACAGAGAUCCCCAGAUGGUGAGGGACGACUCAUUAGACGGACGCGGACAGAU